AUGGCCGCUGUGGAUACUGGGUCAGCUCCACCUAAACAUGAUCCUCCAUUGACUAUGGAGGCUUAUGACCUUGGAGGGCCUGGCAAACUGGGAGCCUUGAAAAACCAUCAACAGGCGGCUACAAAUAGACUAAAGACUGAAACACGGAUUAAUAAUGAGAAAUACCUCCGCGAGCAUCCAGAAAUUCAGUUCAUGAUUUCAGCUUUUUUGAGAGAUUUAUUGGUAAAGCAACCAGAAGAUCCACGGAAACACUUUACGGAUUUUUUCAUAAGGUCUGACUUACGUGAUCAAAUUCUCGAGCUAGAGAGAGAAUAUUCGCAGAAGAUGGAGGAUAAUGCCACUUUACGCCUGUUGGCUGGCGAAGACUGCAACGAAGCAGACGGCACCGACGAAGAAACUCCCUGA